AUGGCAACCGAGAUAUUGUUCGACACUUCGAUGGGCACGUUCACCGUCGAGCUCUACAACACCCAUGCGCCUAAGACAUGCAAGAAUUUCGCGACUUUAGCGCAAAGAGGUUACUACAACGAUGUUAUCUUCCACCGUGUGAUCCCCAACUUCAUGGUCCAGACUGGUGAUCCCACUGGUACCGGCCGGGGAGGAAGCUCUAUCUACGGCGAGAAAUUCGAAGACGAGAUCCGCGAAGACCUAAAACACACUGGCGCGGGAGUUUUGAGCAUGGCAAACAGUGGCCCGAACACGAACGGCAGUCAAUUUUUCAUCAGUCUUGCUCCGACACCAUGGCUGGAUGGAAAGCACACUAUCUUUGGUCGAAUCAAGACUGGAAUGCGAGUAAUUCAGCGUAUGGGACUGGUAAAGACCAAUGGCCAAGACCGACCUCUGGAUGAAGUGAAAAUAAUUCGAGCGAGAAUUCUGGAAGACGAGGAGUGA